GCUCGUUGUUUCCAGCCGGACGCGUUAAAGUGACGCACAGCUUCAAUCCGCAUGUAGAGAGAGAGAGAGAGAGAGAGAGAGAUAAACUUCAUCUUCAGGUUGUUGUGUAUUUUACUGUCAGGAUGGAAUCUGCCGCUGUGGAGGUUGAGAAAGGAGCUGCUGCUAUUAAACAACAAUUCCUCACCACUAAAGAGAACUUCUAUGAGUUUCUGGAAUCGGGCUGGACGGGUCGAAAGGAUGAUGAAGCAAACAAAGAAGAACCUUCAGAAGAACCGGAGCAGAAGAGAAUGAAGCUGGACAAAGAUGAAGACAAAAUAGAGAAGAGGAAAAUGAGAGGACAGAAUAAAUCCAGACCUCACACAAAACCUCAGAGUUACGAGGACAGAAGAUUGUGUCCAUCCAUCAUUCAGGAGCGAGAAACCAAAUGUGUGUUCGGCGAGAAGUGUCGCUUCGUUCAUGACGUGUCCGAGUACAUGUCGGGCAAACCCGAGGACCUGGGCGAUCAGUGUCACCUGUACAACACCUUCGGCAAAUGUCAUUACGGGCUCACCUGCAGGUUUGCCAAAGCUCACAUCAGCCCGGAUCUGAAGAACAUGGUGAAGGAAGAUCUACACAAACACUCCACCGACAACGAGACGGUCAGAAACCAUCUGGACAAAGAGCUCCAGAAACGCCUGCGGAAGAAACAGGUGGCGUUCACAGGAGCUGAGGCUUAUCUGAAAACCAUCGUCAGAGGAAAGAAACCAGAGAAGAAGAGCACAGAUGAGUGUUCAGAGGAGAACCACAGCCGCACACCAAACACAACUACUGAUGCUCCUGAUGAUCAAGAGACACAACAGGAGGACCACAGGAAGGCUCAUGUGAAGACCAUGGGGCCGAUAACAGAUGAUGACAUCAUCAAACUGCGACCCUGUGAGAAGAAGCAGGUGGAUUUCACAGACAAACUCUAUCUGGCUCCACUUACCACGUGUGGGAAUCUGCCGUUCCGUCGCAUAUGCAAGAGUUUUGGAGCGGACAUCACGUGUGGUGAAAUGGCCAUGUGUACGAAUCUUCUGCAGGGUCAGUCGUCUGAAUGGGCUCUUCUCAAGAGACAUCACACUGAAGAUCUGUUUGGUGUUCAGUUGGAAGGUUGUUUUCCAGACAGCAUGACCAGAUGUGCCGAGCUGCUCAAUCAAAACAUUGAUGUAGAUUUUGUGGAUAUCAAUUCCGGCUGUCCCAUCGAUCUCGUGUACAAGAAGGGUGGAGGCUGUGGCCUGAUGACACGAAGCACUAAAUUUGAGCAGAUCGUGAGGGGGAUGAACUCCGUUCUGGAUGUUCCUUUGACUGUGAAGAUCCGCACAGGUGUUCAUCAGAACUCUAAUACUGCACACAAGCUGAUCCCAGAACUGAAGAACUGGGGCGUGUCCAUGAUUACACUUCACGGCAGAUCUCGUGAGCAACGCUACACAAAACAGGCUGACUGGGAAUACAUCAACAUCUGCUCCAACCUCGCCGCUCCUGUUCCUCUGUUCGGAAAUGGAGAUAUUUUAUCUUAUGAAGAUGCCAUGAAGGCCAGAGAAACGGGCGUCUCAGGAAUCAUGAUCGCCAGGGGAGCUCUGAUCAAGCCGUGGCUCUUCACUGAGAUUAAAGAGAACAGACACUGGGAUAUUUCCUCCAAUGAGCGUCUGGACAUCCUGCGUGACUUCACCAACAACGGUCUCGAGCACUGGGGUUCAGACACACAGGGUGUAGAGAAGACCAGAAACUUCAUGCUGGAGUGGCUCUCCUUCCUGUGCAGAUAUAUUCCAGUGGGUUUGUUGGAGAGACCGCCACAGAAGAUCAACGAGCGUCCUCCCUUCUACAUGGGUCGAGAUUAUCUGGAGUCUCUGAUGGCCAGUCAACAUGUGGGGGACUGGGUCAAAAUCAGUGAGAUGCUGUUGGGUCCGGUCCCUAAAACCUUCAGUUUCCUGCCCAAACACAAAGCAAACGCUUACAGAUGAAGAUGUGCUGAUGACAGUGAUGGUUUUAUUUUUUGAUCUUCAUUUCAUGCUGUUAUUCACAUGUUUAACUCAACAUCAGUUUACGUUAAGAGUGAAUUUAUUUUAAAUAAACGCAUUAAAGACCAAUA